GGUAAUUAGCUUAAGUCUUGAUCCUUUCCUACCCCCUUUUUUGUGUUUUUGCUGCAAUGGUUGUGUUGUAGUUAGUGAUUCAAAGUUAAUUGUGAUUUCUUGUUUCAGAGAAUUCAGUUUUCUAGUCUGUUUGUUACUAGAUGCACUUUCUGUCUUUAACUUGUAACUUUGUUUGAUUUUUGUGCUUUUGCUUCAAUGGUUUUGGUUUCUGUGUAAUAGUGAUCCGAAGUUUAUGGUUUUAGUUUCUUGUUGUUUGAUGAAGUUUUGAUCUUUGCUGCGUACCCUUUUGUUUUCUUUAACUAUGUGGAUCAAUGGGUGGUGAAUUUAUUUGAAAAGGGUUCCUUUUGGUUUACUGAGAUUUUGUACUGUAAGGACUGAGGAGGGACUUUACUUCAGAUUGCUCACUUGGGAAUUAGCUAAAGUUUUGAUCUUUUUUCAUUUUCCUCAUUUUUUGUGCUUUUGCUGCAAUGGUUGUGUAGUAGUGAUUCAAAAUUAGUUGUGAUUUCUUGUUUCAGAGAAUUCAGUUUUCUUAGUCUGUUAGUUGCUAGAUGCACUUUCCGUGUUAUCUUGUAAGUUGUUAGAUUUGCUUUUUUCUCGACUUAGACUUCUUUUUGUGCUUUUGCUUCAAUGGUUUUGGUUUUUGUGUAGUACUGAUCCAAAGUUUAUUGUUUUAGUUUCUUCUUGUUUGAUGAACUUUUAAUAUUUUUUGUGUACCCUUUUGUUUUCUUUAACUUUGUGGAUCAGUUCAGUGUGAUUUUUAUUAUGAAAAGGGUUCAUUUCAGUUUCCUGAGAUAUGUAUUUGUGAUCUCUUGUUUCAGAGAAUUUUCAGUUCAUUUUGUUGAUAUGUUAGUUACUAGAUGCAUUUUCUGUCCUAUCUUGUAAGUUGUUAGAUUUACCCUUUUUCUGAUUUCUUUUUGUGCUUUGCUGCAAUGCCUUUGGUCUCUGUGUAGUACUGAUCCAAAGUUCUAUUGUUUCAGUUUCUUGCUGUUUGGUAAAGUUUUAAAUCUUUUUUGUGUACCCUUUUGGUUUCUUGAACUAUGUGGAUCAGUUUGGUGUGAUUUUUAUUAUGAAAAGGGUUUAUUUCUGUUUUCUGAGUUAUGUAUAGUGAGGAAUGAGCUUUAAUCAGCUAAAGUCUUGAUCUUUUUCAAUUUUUCCAUUUUUCUGCUUUGCUGCAAUGGUUUGGUUUUCUGUGUAGUACUGGUUUUCUGCUUUGUUGUUUGAUAAAGUUUUAGUCUUUUUUGUGUACCCUUUUGUUGAACUAUGUGGAUCAAUGGACGGUGAUUUUAUUUGAAAAGGGCUCCUUUCAGUUUCCCUAGAUAUGUAUAUAUGAUUUCUUGUUUCAGAGAAUUCUGUUCAUUUUCUUAGUCUGUUAAUUGCUGAGAUGAUUUCUUAAUGAUCACUCAACUAAUAGUUAUUGUCUCAGAAAGUCACUUUCUUUGUUGAAGAAAAUUGGAAUCAAGAAGAAAUGUGACUUUCUGAGAUAUUAACUGUAGUUGAAUGACCAUGUGAGAAAUCUAACCUGUUAAUUACUAGAUGCACUUUCUUUCUUAUCUUAUAAGUUGCUAUAUUUGCCCUUUUUCCAACAUCUUUUUAGUUUUCAACAAGUAGUCAGAACUAUGGUGAUAAUCUUUACUGAAUUCUUUGAUGAUAAGGGCAACUGUUAUAUGAAGUAAAGUGACGUUAAAGAAGAUCUGCUUCAUAGUAUGAAGACACUGAAUGGGAACUUCUGCUGCUGCCGCGAGCACAUAAUGGCGUCCAAGUAUCAUGGACCACACAACAGAACACGGCGGCCGAUCUCUAUAUUGAUUGUCAUUGGUCUUUGCUGUUUCUGUUAUCUAGUAGGAGUUUGGCAGAAAAGUGGGUCCGGAAAGGGAGAUAAAUUAGCACUACAAGUGACUGCACAAACUGCUGACUGCAAUAUCUUUCCACCAACCACUCUGGAUUUUGAGUCGCACCAUAAUUAUGUGGAAACGGUUGAAACUUCUGCAACAACUAAAAGAUUCAAAUCAUGUGAGACUAAAUACACUGACUAUACUCCUUGCCAUGAACAAGACCGAGCUAUGAAAUUCCCACGGGAAAAUAUGGUAUAUAGAGAAAGACAUUGCCCUCCUGAUGAUGAAAAGCUUCGUUGUCUGAUUCUAGCACCCAAAGGAUACACAACUCCAUUUCCAUGGCCAAAAAGCCGUGAUUAUGCGUACUACGCUAAUGUGCCGUACAAACACUUAACAGUUGAGAAGGCGGUCCAGAACUGGGUACAGUUUCAGGGAAAUGUUUUCAAAUUUCCAGGAGGAGGUACAAUGUUCCCUAGAGGAGCAGAUGCAUAUAUUGAUGAACUUGCUUCCGUGAUUCCAAUUGGAAGUGGCAUGAUAAGAACUGCUCUUGACACUGGUUGUGGGGUUGCAAGCUGGGGUGCUUACUUGCUGAAGAGAAAUAUUCAGGCGAUGUCAUUUGCACCUAAGGAUAAUCAUGAAGCACAAGUGCAAUUUGCAUUGGAGCGAGGUGUACCUGCUGUUAUUGGUGUUCUUGGUUCCAUAAGCCUUCCAUACCCUUCCAGAGCAUUCGAUAUGUCUCAUUGUUCUCGAUGUCUGAUUCCCUGGGCAUCAAACGAGGGCAUGUACAUGAUGGAAGUUGAUCGAGUUCUGAGACCCGGUGGAUACUGGAUACUUUCUGGUCCUCCACUCAACUGGAAGACCUAUCACAAAGUCUGGAACAGGACCAAGGAGAAUUGUAGAGCCGAGCAGAAAAGGAUCGAAGAGUAUGCUGAGCUUCUUUGCUGGGAGAAGAAAUACGAAAAAGGUGAUGUAGCUAUAUGGAGGAAAAACAUAAAUGGAAAAUCAUGCAGAAGAACAUCUGCUAACACAUGUCAAACAAAGGAUGCCGAUAAUGUCUGGUAUAAGAAAAUGGAGGCAUGCAUAACCCCCUACCCGGACGUCAAGAAUUCUGAUGAAGUAGCUGGAGGAGAGUUGAAGAAGUUUCCUGCUAGGCUUUUUGCAGUUCCACCACGUAUAUCCAAUGAAAUGGUUCCUGGGGUUACGGUCGAAUCUUAUCAAGAGGAUAAUAAGCUUUGGAAGAAACACGUUGCUUCUUACAAGAGGGCAGUUAGCCUACUUGGCACCACAAGAUACCACAACAUAAUGGACAUGAAUGCCGGACUUGGAGGAUUUGCAGCAGCGCUAGACUCUCCUAAACUGUGGGUGAUGAAUGUUGUGCCAACUAUUGCUGACAACACUCUUGGUGUCGUAUACGAGAGGGGGUUGAUUGGCAUAUACCAUGACUGGUGUGAAGGCUUCUCUACAUACCCGAGGACGUAUGACCUCCUUCAUGCUAAUCGCUUGUUCACUCUGUACGAGGACAAGUGUGACUUUGAAGAUAUUCUCCUUGAAAUGGACCGUGUUCUACGUCCUGAAGGGGCAGUCAUUCUUCGAGAUGGAGUUGAAGUCUUGAACAAGGUUAGGAAAAUCGCCGCAGGCCUGAGAUGGGAAACUAAAUUAAUAGAUCACGAAGAUGGACCCUUGGUGGCUGAGAAAAUUUUUAUUGCUGUCAAACAAUAUUUUGUUGAAGGUGAUGAAGACCAAAACACGCCAACCGAUGAAUGAGACCGUGCCAAUAUUCGAGUAUAUAGCAAAAACCUGAGAAUUCUGAAAUGGAAGGUAAAUUUCCAGAAAGAUAUAUGAAGGUUUUCUUCUCAAAGAUGGCAUAUAACAAAUAGUGCAAGUUCUCAUGUAGAGCAAUUUUAGUUAAUUUUUUUUCUUUGAUGUGUGAUUUUGGGGAGGGUAAUGAAAAGCCAGACCUUUGUCUCCAAAUAAUGAAGCAAAGCAAGAGUUCAUUAGUGAUAUGUAUGUGUGGAAGCAAAUUGAUAGUUGUUUCCAUUAGGUACAAAGUUGAAUUUUGCAACAUUUGUAAACCAUAUUUUUUUUAUCUUGGUAAUUUAAUUUAUUUAAACUUUCA